AUGCCGCAGCUGUCAUGUUGGCUGCGGGAGCUGACGAUAGGUCGUUGCAGGCCAUAACGUUAUUAAUUGGUCUUCACGUUCCGCAAAUAGCGAGUAAAGUUGCCCGAGCGCUACCGCGGUAUACGGACAUUAUACUUGCUGAUGUCGCGUUCCUGCGGUGCGGGGAGUGCGUGCGGGCGGAGGGCGCGGCGGGCACGCGAGAGGCCUUCGUCCUCCUCAACCACUGCCUCGACCUCGCCGAAGCGGCUGACGACAACACGCAGCAAUUACUGAGCUAUUCAGAUUUCGAUGUCACAGACUGGCCGCAGAAUCGGUUGCUGCUGGAGAAGUCGUGUGUGAGCGGCGCGCCGUUGCAGGAGGCGCGGGAGUGGGUGCUGUCGGUCGUCAUGGACCAAGAUGUUGAACAAGCAUUGCCAGUGGACAGUCGCGGGCUGUACGCGGCGAGUGUGGCGCCCGAGGAGCCGUGCUGCGUAAUUACCGGCUACCCUCUCGGCUCGCGACUCGUAACAUUUUCCAAUGGUCGCUGCGCCAAUCGCGAGUGGUGGUCGCGGUGUAAGAAGGCGGCGGGCGGCGCGGGGAGCGCGGGCGCGGCCGCGGCGCUGCUGCAACACGUAGCGAGCUGGUGCGGCGCGCCCGACGCCUCCAACUUAUAGAUACGGCAGUGACAGAAUACGAACGGCGCACAUUCUCAUAGCUUUCGUGAAAUAAUUGUCCUUAUGUGUUAUAAUUUAAGCACAAACACUAAGUAAACCC